UCCACAACAGUUCUUCCAACAACUACCACAGUUGCUCCAACAACCACAACAGUUCCUCCAACAACUACCACAGUUGCUCCAACAACCACAACUGUUGCUCCAACCACAACAACCGCUGCUCCAACAACCACAACUGCUGCUCCAACGACCACAACUGUUACUCCAACAACCACAACAGUUCUUCCAACGACUACCACAGUUGCUCCAACAACCACAACUGUUGCUCCAACGACCACAACAGUUCCUCCAACAACAACAACAGCUGCUCCAACAACCACAACUGCUGCUCCAACAACCACAACAGUUCUUCCAACAACUACCACAGUUGCUCCAACAACCACAACAGUUCCUCCAACAACUACCACAGUUGCUCCAACAACCACAACUGUUGCUCCAACCACAACAACUGCUGCUCGAACAACCACAACUGCUGCUCCAACGACCACAACUGUUUCUCCAACAUCCACAACAGUUCUUCCAAUGACUACCACUGUUGCUCCAACAACCACAACUGCUGCUCCAACAACCACAACAGUUCUUCCAACCACUACAACCGUUGCUCCAACAACUACAACUGUUGCUCCAACGACCACAACAGUUCCUCCAACCACAACAGCUGCUGCUCAAACCACCACAACUGCUGUUCCAACGACCACAACUGUUGCUCCAACAACCACAACAGUUCUUCCAACGACUACCACAGUUGCUCCAACAACCAAAACUGUUGCUCCAACGACGACAACAGUUCCUCCAACAACUACCACAGUUGCUCCAACAACCACAACUGUUGCUCCAACGACCACAACAGUUCCUCCAACAACUACCAUAGUUGCUCCAACAACCACCACUGUUGCUCCAACCACAACAACUGCUGCUCCAUCAACCACAACUGCUGCUCCAACGACCACAACUGUUGCUCCAACAACCACAACAGUUCUUCCAACGACUACCACAGUUGCUCCAACAACCACAACUGUUGCUCCAACGACCACAACAGUUCCUCCAACCACAACAACUGCUGCUCCAACAACCACAACUGCUGCUCCAACAACC